AUGGACUCGGUUCACUCAGAUACCCACACAAGUCCACAGCAUCCUCCUUUUGACGACGACCAAGGUUACCACUCAAGCACCGUCCUAGACCACCACAAACAACCCCCAUCAAGUAGACCCGUCUCAAAUGCAGUUUCAGAAGCACACCCGCUAGUAAGCGACGACGAAGAUGAUGAAGAUGACAAUAACCCAGAUGAUGACGAUACAAACAAUACAAUCGAACAAGGACUCUUCUCAAGCAUACACCAUACAACCUUACCACCAAUACCAAUACCGGCCCAAGAAAGCGAUAGCGAUGAAGUCCCCCAAUCACUCAUUGUUGACCUUGAAACUAAACAGCAACUUUCUCCACCACCAUCUCAACCUAUCCAUUCUUUACCUUCUAAUCCAGACCAACCCAGACUACGAAACCCCUCUAUUCUUAACAAUAACAACAACAACAAUAACAAUAAUAAUACCAACAACCGUACCCCAGACUCAAAGCUUAACGUCCGCAUUCAAGAAACUUCUCCAACUAGCCCUCUAAAACGACAUACUCCAAUAUUUGUCACCCAGAGAACCCGCUAUACCACUAUUCCAACAGCCCCUCCACAGAGUCUCCCUUUCCCAGUCUCAACUCCGCAUACGAACCGCUCAAGUACACACCGGUUCUCUUAUAAUAACUACAUCAAUAACAGUAAUAGCAAUAACAAUAACAAUAGAAAUAACAAUAACAAUAACAAUAACAAUAACAAUAACAAUAACAAUAACCACAACAAUCUCUCUGAAAACGUGGGCGCAGUUUACAAUACCCUCAGAAAUACUACCGCGGGUUACCUUGCCGGACGCCCUCGUAUCAACUUAUCUGUCAUCGACCCCAAAGAACGCGCGCUUUGGAAAUGGACAAAUGUCGAACAUCUUGACAACUUCCUCCGCGAGAUCUACGAUUACUAUCUCGGCAAUGGCUUCUACUGCAUUCUUCUCUCAAGAGCCCUCAACAUGGCCACCCUACUCUUCAUGGUCUCCUUCUCAACCUACCUCUCAACUUGCAUCGACUACUCCAAAAUCCGCUCAAGCACAAAACUCUCGGAUGUUCAGUACCCCCAGUGCGCGUCCCGUCUUAGCGGGUUUGCCACCUUCUUACUUUGGCUUUUUGCCCUCUUUUGGUUCAUCAAACUUACCCAAUAUAUCCAUGACAUUAAGCGUCUCCUCGACCUUAAACAUUUUUACUUCUAUCUCCUAGAAAUCUCAGAGGCUGAAAUGCAAACAAUCUCCUGGCAACAGGUCGUCAAGCGUUUAAUGCUUCUCAGAGACAAAAACCCAACCACCUCCAGUAAAACAAACUCCAAAAAUGCAAACAUCUUUCUUGGCUCCCAGUCCAAAAAAAGACUAACCCCACACGACGUUGCAAAUCGCAUCAUGCGCAAGGAAAACUACAUGAUUGCCAUGAUUAACAAAAACACCCUCAACAUUACUCUCCCCCUGCCCUUUUACCACGAACCCUUUCUUACCCGCACCUUGGAAUGGAACCUCAGCCUUUGCAUUAUGGACUUUGUGUUCCAAAACGGCGAGAUCCGCCCAGUCUUUUUAAAGGAAAAACACAGAGAUAAGCUAAUCAGCGAACUCAAACAUAGAUUUAUUCUCGCAGGCUUUACAAACAUUGCUUGUGCACCCAUCACCAUUCUCUACAUGGCCCUGCUUUACUUUUUCCGCUAUUUUAAUGAAUACCACAAAGACCCCAGUGCUAUCGGCACCCGCCAGUAUACCCCGCUUGCCGAGUGGAAAAUGCGCGAGUUUAAUGAGCUUCAUCACAUGUUUCAAAAACGCCUCCAUAUGAGCUACGCUGCUGCUUCGCGUUAUGUUAACCAGUUCCCCAAGGAAAAAACCGUUUUGUUUUCUCGCUUUAUUAUUUUCGUGGCAGGCUCCUUCGCCGCUGUUCUUGGUAUCAUUACCCUUGUCGACCCGGAAAUUUUCCUUGGCUUUGAACUCACAAAAGAUCGUAACGUACUCUUUUACUUGGGUCUGUUUGGCUCAAUCGUUGCAGUUGCCCGUGGAAUGAUUCCAGAAGAAACAUAUGUAUUUGACCCAGAAACAAGCAUCUACCAAGUUGCCAAAGACACACAUUACCUGCCAGACGAGUGGGAAGGCCGCUACCAUACCGACGAGGUCAAAGAUGAGUUUGCCAAAAUGUAUGAUCUUCGCAUCAUGAUUAUCUUUAGAGAGCUGCUCAGUGUGAUUCUCAUGCCCUUCAUUCUUUGGUUCUCUCUCCCUAAAAGCAGCGAAAAUAUUAUUGAUUUUUUCCGUGAAUGUUCUACCCAUAUCGACGGGCUCGGGUACGUUUGCAACUUUGCCAAGUUUGACUUCCCCAUGGAUAAACUCUCAAAGUUCCAAAAGGGCUCAAACAACCAUCGUUAUAAUUAUAAUGACGACCCGGAGGCUGAUGAAGUUGACUUGAGACAAGACUAUUUUAGCACAACAGACGGGAAAAUGCUCAAGUCGUAUCUCAACUUUCUCGACAAUUACGGCGACGACCAACAAAGCAGAAUGUCGGCUAGUCACCUGGCAAACUCACGCUGGGCCAACCAGGGAAUGCCCUUCCGUAGCAGUGGUCAUCUUGGUGGUAACGGAGUCGAUUCAUUUUUUAGUACAGGCGAACUCGAAAAUAGUGUAAUGGCUAGGUACACAAGGAUUCAACAGCAUUCCGGUAACAACACUCCGCUCACGAGAUCUGGAAUCCUUGACGCCUCCGGAUCCCCACUUGGAAUACCUAACGCAUUGUCGUCUGCAUUUGAACACAACAACCGCCGUGCACAGAGCCCAUCAGUUCUUGGCGGCGGGAAUUCGCUAAGACGCAAGGCUACGGCGGCAACAGCGUCAACAUCGCGCAUGCGGAGCUUCUCCGCUGACCCUGCACGCAUGGGAACUUCGUUGCGGUACGAGGUCACACCGGAAGAAGAGUCUCUCAAGUUUAGUCGACACAAGCAUGUGCCGCGGUUUAAGGUGAAACGGGAUGAAGAGGAAGAAGAAGAAGAAGAACAACAACAACAACAGGUGAGACAGGAGUCGGAGGAUGGUGAUGAGGGUGAGGACGACGAGGAAGAUGAAUUUAUGAAUGAUGGUGAAGAGGAUUCGUAUGUGCUUAAUACGUUUAAGAAAAAUAGGGAACUGCUCGGGAAUGUGGAUGAUGAGGUGAAUGAUCGGAAACUGAAUUCGGGCGUGCUAGGACUCCUAGACCAAUUCUAUAAGCACAACGAUGUGACCAAGAUGUAA